AUGACCAUUCCCCAGUCGGCUCCGCCAGUCUCCAAGAAGCCUGGCCGCCUGGUGUCACCUGACCCCUCUAACAGGUUCAAAAACGAUUCCUACCACCAGUGCUUCCAGAAGUACUUCCACUCCUACCACUACCUCAAACCCGAUCCCGUGUACGUGGCCAACGUCAAGGCUGCCAUCAACCACUGGCAGCUCCGGGACCUCAUCAAGUACGACCCGCUGGCCAACGCCGUGUUGUACACCCGGCACGACGCCAUCCAUCGGUUGCCAUUAGGCGCCAGGGGCCACGCCCAGGCGCUGGCGCCGUACGUAGGCCUCAGCUACCUUCCACGGUGCUUCGACCACUCCGACGACGGCUUGGUAGUGUGUGGUGGCCUCUUGACGUCGUCAGAAGCGUUUUCAUCCAGCACUGUUGAAGUGUUACGCCCACCAGCGUCCAUCCACCAGCCUGCGUCGUCCAUCCCCAAGAAGGGCCUUUUCUCGUUCGCCAACCCUGCCGCUGGCGCCACCAAAACGGUGCGUUUUGGUGACAUGAUCAACAACGACGUUGCCAUCUACCGGGACUCGAACUCCCACUGCGUGUCGUACGUCUGCAACAACGACAGCAACCUCUACUGCCUCGACAUCGCAUCCAACGACUCCAUCUCCAUUUCCAACAAGAUAACCUGCGAGACCAACACCUGUCUCAACACGGUGGAGCGCAACCCCCUCAACCAUAAGCUCCUCGCAGUAACAGGCGACUCGCUGGCCAUCUUCUUGGUGGACCCCACCAGCGGUUCCAGCAAGAUCAAGACUAUCCGUACUGGCCACAACGCCGGCUUUGGUACUGCGUUCCACCCCAACGGUAACCUCUUCUCGUCGGUGUUCGAGGACGGCACCUGCUUGUUGUACGACUUGCGCAACAUCAGAGACAAUCAGCCGCUAAUGGCCAUCAAGCUGACCCGUCCAGGACACCAACUGGGUGCGUUCCGUGUAAGCAAGUUUUCGCCCCAGAACGACAUGAGCGACUUGUUGGUAAUUCUGGAGCAUGUGGGACGAGUCCAUCUCGUGGACUUGCGUCGCUUGAAUGCAGCCAACGUCCACGAGCACCAAGUGAUCGUGGUGCCGUUUGCGUUGGACCAGUAUGCCGAAUGCAAAGCAGCAGCUGAAGGGCCUGCUGGUGACGAAACCUCUUCUCACGCAGACAGACACAACCCACGCCAGCCCACGCGUCUGGUGGACGUCUACUCUGACCGUCUGGACCCUGCCAACAGCUUGUCGUUCACAGCACCGUUGGUGUACGACUACGACUAUUUGGUGAACCAGAACCCCCAGUUGUUCAAGGAGUACUUCUACAGCCCUCCUCCAGCACCAGCGGCGUCUGCAGACUCGCCGCUCAAGUUCCACAUCCCCGAGUGGUCGGGCGUGGGUGACUCGUCGCUGGCGGCAGGUCCCGCUGGCGUGUCGCCCACCACCUCCCAAAGACCGUCGUUUUCGUCCCUCGACUCGAAUCCAGGCUACGACGACAUGAACCCCGACAUCGACGCUCAUCUUCAGUACGUCUACGACCAUAUGGACUACAACCCGCCAGCAGACCGUCCGGCCACGGCGUUGGCAGCUGCAGCCGCACGUCCACGCCAUUCGUCGGGUUCUGGCUACGGUCACUAUUCCAGCUACUGCGAGGACCUGUACCAGCAGUCGAUCAACCACAUCCACGGCGAGAUGGAGCUUGCAGGCGUGGCGUUCUGCAAUCCGCAGCGCCAGAGCGACUCUAAGGUGCUCAUUGGGUGCCAGGAUGCAGGGGUGUUGAUGUUUGAUGUGAACGGGGUCGCCAGACGCAGCUUUGGCACCUUCGAGUACAUGUGA